AUGGUUGCCAGGGCUGCAGUAGGCAGUGUGUCCCGUACUUUGGAGUUGUGCUUGGUCCUUGCGGUGAGAGUUCCGUGGGGGAAGCGGGACCGGGGCGCCCUCGCUCGGCCGGCACAGGUGUGCCGGGUGCCAUGGCGACGGCGCCGCGCGAACCCCUCCCGCACGCCCCCCCCCCCGCCCCACUUGCGUCUGGCCGGGGAGGCGUGGGGCAGCAGGCGGCAGAGUCCAGCGGACAGCAGCGCAGCGCUGCGCGGGAGCGUCAGCUCCGACCCCAGGGGAGCGAGACGCGGGCACCGGCCUGGGCCUGCGAGCGCCCCCUGCGCGCCUCCACCCACCUCGGACCAGACCAGACUCGCGGAGCGCAGUGGCAGCGCGCAGGGCUGGACAAUCRAGCCCUUGCAGAGACCCUCUGCCCCUGCCGGCUGCCUGGCUCCAUCAGAGACUGUCCCGGAACAGGCAAGAGUGGGAAGCAUGGAGGGUACCAAAAAAAAGGUGGAUGAUGAGAUGGGUCUGGAGCCCCUCUUUCUGGAGCUGGAGAUGCUGGAAUGUGAGGGUGGGAAGCCUGACUCCUCUGCUCCUUUGGUCCUAGGGGAGCCCUCCCAACCUCCCAAUGGCAGCUGGCCCCAAAGUCAGAAUGGGAGUGAAGCUGAGGUCACCCCGGCUGCCAACCUCACCUUCUCCUCCUACUACCAGCACUCUUCACCGGUGGCGGCCAUGUUCAUCGUGGCCUACGUGCUCAUCUUCCUCCUCUGCAUGGUGGGCAACGCCCUGGUCUGCUUCAUUGUGCUCAAGAACAGGCACAUGCGCACCGUCACCAACAUGUUCAUCCUCAACCUGGCCGUCAGCGACCUGCUGGUGGGCAUCUUCUGCAUGCCCACCACCCUUGUGGACAACCUCAUCACGGGAUGGCCCUUCGACAACGCCACAUGCAAGAUGAGCGGCUUGGUACAGGGCAUGUCUGUGUCGGCUUCCGUGUUCACGCUGGUGGCCAUCGCUGUGGAAAGGUUCCGCUGCAUCGUGCAUCCUUUCCGCGAGAAGCUGACCCUGCGGAAGGCGCUGGUGACCAUCGUGGUCAUCUGGGCCCUGGCGUUGCUCAUCAUGUGUCCCUCGGCCGUCACGCUGACCGUCACGCGCGAGGAGCACCACUUCAUGGUGGACGCCCGCAACCGCUCCUACCCGCUCUACUCGUGCUGGGAGGCCUGGCCGGAGAAGGGCAUGCGCAAGGUCUACACCGCGGUGCUCUUCGCGCACAUCUACCUGGCGCCGCUGGCGCUCAUCGUGGUCAUGUACGCCCGCAUCGCCCGCAAGCUCUGCAAGGCGUCGGGCCCGGCCCGCGACCACGCGGAGGUGGCGGCCGAGGGCGGGCGCGCGUCGCGGCGCAAGGCCCGGGUGGUGCACAUGCUGGUCAUGGUGGCGCUGUUCUUCACGCUGUCCUGGCUGCCGCUCUGGGCGCUGCUGCUGCUCAUCGACUACGGGCAGCUCAGCGAGCCGCAGCUGCACCUGCUGUCGGUCUACGCCUUCCCCUUCGCGCACUGGCUGGCCUUCUUCAACAGCAGCGCCAACCCCAUCAUCUACGGCUACUUCAACGAGAACUUCCGCCGCGGCUUCCAGGCCGCCUUCCGCGCCCGGCUCUGCCCUCUGCCGUGGGGCCGCCACCACGGCACCUAUUCGGAGCGGCCCGGCUGGCUCCUGCGCAGGAGGGUCUUGAUGGAGGUGCAGCCCAGCGACUCGGGCCUGCCGUCGGAGUCGGGCGCCAGCAGUGGGGCCCCCAGGCCUGGCCGCCCACCGCUGCGGAACGGGCGGGUCGCCCACCAGGGCUUACCCGAGGAGGGGCCUGGCUGCUCCCACCUGCCCCUCACCGUACCAGCAUGGAACAUCUGAGGUGGUCCAGAAAGCGCAGGCCCCUGCCUGUGGCCCCAACUGCACCUGCGAUACCUGGACACUUACUUGGCAGCUUGGGGCGGAGUUUGAAGAGGAUGCCAAAAUGCCUCCUCAAAAACAAGGCAACGGGCUGCUUGCUGCUCUUGAUGUCCUCUCCCUUCAGAUGGCAGGGAGAGGAAGAAACCUACUCUCCCCAAACGCUCCCUAUGGGGUAGAUUUGACAACCAUCCUCUCAUUGAAUUCCCACAGCGCUUUGGAAAUGGGCUUUCUUAAGCACCUUGUCUUCAACAGAUGCAGAAACAGAGGCCCAGAGAGUAGAGGUGUCUAGCCCAAGAUCGCUCAGCGGGAAAUCUCACUUGGACCUGCCAGGCUCCAGUGCCUGAAUGGUUUUGCUGUCUCCAGCUGUCUCCAAAAGGACCCCAUAAGGGAAGCACAGGGAAACUGAAAAUCCUAACCAACUAGGCAGCUGGGAAGAGACAGGAAGCAAGCCAGCAGAGCUUUGAUGCUCGGAACCCUGUCGUUCAGUCUGUAUGUUCUGUUGCUCAGGCUGCUUCUUUGAACCUUUUGCUGGGAGACCAUGGUGUGCCUCACCUGCCAGCUCCAAUUCGUUGUUUUGUCUUGUUCCAGGAAGUGUCCAGGGCCAUUCUCUUUCUGGAUGUCGCCCUGGGGAGCCUGCUUGUUACAGGGCAUUUUAGA